CCGUUAGCCCUGUGCACGACCGACCCGGGCUGGGUCGCGGGACUCUUGCAUCGAGCGCCGUGUGGCGCCAGUAACCUCUGCGCCAGAGGGAGCGUCUUGGUGGCGGCGGCUGUCUCUGUUGCACAUGCCGUUUGACUGCCAGCCUUGGACCGCGCUGGGCAGCUGCCUCCGCUCCGCCUCUGCUGGGUGCCUUUGCCCUGGGCGGCGCCGGCUGUUUUGACACCCCCAGCUUAACAGCAGCAGCCGGCAGCGGCGGAGCAAAGGACGUGUGGCAGGCGGCGUGUCUGUCUGGGGCCGGGAGCAGCGGCGGCGGCGGCGGCGAGGGGAGGGUCUGCGGCUUGGCGUAGCUGCAGCAGCCGUCUCGGCCUCUCUGGGAGUGAUCGUGUGUGCGCGCCUCCAGUCUCCGCCGCUCGCCGAGCUGCUCCUGCCACCGCUGGUGACUGUUGUUGUCGCUCUCUUCUCCCCGGCUCAGACAGCCCAGCACGGCCAGGGGUGGAGGGGCAGGAAUGUGAACGGGUUUUGUGGGGGUGUGUGUGUGUGUGUGUCUCAGUCACCCCCGCCACCACCAGCAUCCUCAUCAGCUGGAUCUAUUGUCAGGAAAGGAGGAAAUUGCAGUCAAGCAGAAGCAGCAGCAACAUCUGGGCUGUCACAUCUGGGCAUGCAACAUCGGCUUCCUCCUCCUCUUCUUCCUUCACCCGAGUGGAUCACUUUGGGGGUGGAAAUACUUCUGCAGUCAAGCCAGAGGUUCCAUCUUAUAGCUGAAUAUUGAAACUGGAAGAGAGGGGGGUGGGCUGGGGAUAAAGGCUGCUUCCCCCCCCCUUUGGGAUUUAUUUCAUGGGGAUGUGUUCAAGACAAGAGAGGAUUCAGAAGGAUAUUGACGUUGUGAUUCAAAAGUGCAAGGCGGAGAAGGACUGCCUGUUUACAGAUUUCAGGUACUCAGACUCCACCUUCACCUUCACCUAUAUUGGAGGCGCCAAAAGCAUAUCCUAUUCAGUACAUGUCUCGGAGGAUUAUCCAGAUAACACAUAUGUUUCCAGUUCAGAUAAUGAUGAAGAUGUGUUAGUUACAACAGAGUCAAUCCCAGUAAUUUUCCAUAGAAUCGCAACAGAAUUAAGAAAAACCAGUGAUGUUAACUGUUGCUUAUCUAUAAAAUCAAAAUUACAGAGGGAAAAUGGAGAGGACUCGAGGCACAAUAGUGCAGUUGAAGAAGAUUCUGAAGGAGAUAAUGAUUCUGAAGAAUUUUAUUAUGGGGGACAGGUUAACUACGAUGGAGAACUUCACAAGCACCCACAGCUGGAAGCUGAUUUGACAGCAGUGAGAGAGAUCUAUGGGCCUAACGCAGUAUCUCUCAGGGAAUAUGGAGCCAUUGAUGAUGUAGACAUUGAUCUGCAUAUUGAUGUUAGCUUUCUUGAUGAAGAGAUUGCUGUGGCUUGGGAUGUAAUCCGCACAGAACCUAUAAUAGUGCGAUUGCACUGUUCACUUACACAGUACUUAAAUGGUCCAGUACCUACCGUGGAUGUAUUUCAGAUCUCUACUAAGGAAAGAUUUGGGUUGGGACAUCAGCUGAAAAAAAUAAUGCAGACGUUUGUUACACAGCAAUGGAAAAAUAGCAAAGAAAAAUCAAAUUGUACGCACAAUAAGAAAGUGUCUGAGAAAAAGGUGAAAUCCCCUCUGCACAUCUUUUCUACAUUGCGCAGGUUUUCCCCUUAUUUAUUUUUAAGGUCGCCAAGUUAUCCUCCACCUGGCUGUGGUAAAAACAAAUCAAAACUGAAAUCUGAACAAGAUGGCAUCUCCAAAACUCACAAGCUGCUGCGAAGGACUUGUUCUAGCACAGUUAAGGCUGAGGAUGUGUGUGCCACAAAGUCUCACAGAACUUUUGGCCAUUCAUUGUCUAGUGAUCCCAGGGCUGAGCAGACAAUGGCUAUUAAAUCACACAAACUGUUGAAUCGUUCUUGCGCUGCAACUGUCAAGCAAGAAGAAUGCAUCACUCUAAAGCCCCAAAAACUCCUAAGCAGAUCGUGUUCUGGGGAUCCUCGAUGUGAGCACAAUAGCACCUUGAAGCCUCACAAACUGUUAAGCAGGUCUUAUUCCAGUAAUCUUAGAAUGGAAGAAUUAGAUGGACUGAAGAAUCACAAGUUACUCAGCAAGUCUUACUCCAGUGCUCCUAAGUCAUCCAAAAUGGAGUUUUUCAAGGAACCCACCAUAGCAGAGGGCAGGAGGCUCUCUCUUACCUCAGGGCUUAUUGGUAUCUUAACACCAUCUUCCUCAUCACCUUCACAAGCUGCUCCGAAUUAUGGUGCAAAAUGCAUUCCAAUACGAGACAAUGGCUUUCUUGUGCAGACUAUUGAGUUUGCUGAGCAGCGGAUACCAGUGCUGAAUGAAUACUGCGUAGUUUGUGACGAACCACAUGUGUUUCAGAAUGGCCCCAUGCUGAGGCCCACAGUAUGUGAACGGGAGCUGUGUGUUUUUGCUUUCCAAACUCUAGGAGUAAUGAAUGAAGCUGCAGAUGAAAUUGCCACUGGGGCUCAGGUGGUAGAUUUAUUAGUGUCCAUGUGUCGAUCGGCACUAGAAUCACCCCGGAAAGUUGUCAUUUUUGAGCCAUAUCCUUCUGUAGUUGAUCCUAAUGACCCUCAGAUGCUGGCCUUUAAUCCAAGGAAGAAGAAUUAUGAUCGAGUCAUGAAAGCAUUGGAUAGUAUUACUUCUAUUAGAGAAAUGACACAGGCGCCAUAUUUGGAAAUAAAGAAGCAGAUGGAUAAACAGGACCCGCUUGCGCAUCCUCUUCUGCAGUGGGUUAUUUCUAGUAAUAGGUCACAUAUUGUGAAACUACCAGUGAACAGGCAACUGAAGUUUAUGCACACUCCCCAUCAGUUCCUCCUUCUCAGCAGUCCACCAGCCAAAGAAUCCAAUUUCAGAGCUGCUAAAAAUCUCUAUGGAAGUACCUUUGCAUUUCAUGGUUCACACAUUGAAAACUGGCACUCCAUCCUGAGGAAUGGCUUAGUUGUUGCUUCCAAUACAAGGCUGCAGCUCCAUGGUGCAAUGUUUGGAAUUGGGAUCUACCUUAGUCCACUGUCAAGCAUAUCAUUUGGUUACUCAGGGAUGAAUAAGAAGCAGCAGAAGGUGUCAGCUAAGGAUGAACCUGCUUCAAACAGUAAAGGCAGUAAUGCAUUACAGUCACAGAAAAAAGGACAGCAAUCCCAAUUUUUGCAAAGCCGUAAUUUAAAAUGCAUAGCCUUAUGUGAAGUGAUAACCUCACCUGAUCUGCACAAACAUGGGGAGAUAUGGGUAGUUCCCAACACUGAUCAUGUGUGUACAAGAUUCUUCUUUGUUUAUGAAGAUGGCCAAGUGGGUGAUACAAGUAUAAAUACACAAGAAACAGGCAUUCACAAAGAGAUUCUUCGAGUCAUUGGUAAUCAAACUGCUACUGGGUAAAAGGACCACUCUUAUUUAAUUGAUGUGAUUUGGAAGCCUUCCUCAGUCUCAAAGCUGGAUUUUGAACUGAAGAAGAUGUGAAAAACUAAUUUAUUAUUAUUAUUAAUACUACUGCUACUACUAAACAAAUUAACCCUUUGAAUACUUCCUUUUUUCUUACUUAGUAUUUCUUAUCUCAUUGAAAUACCUGAAAUGGUAUGAAUUAGCAAUUAUAGGGGUACAAAGUCCAUUAAUAUACUACAACUAAUAGCAAUUUAAGAGACAUUUGGGUUGCUCACAAUAAACAAUUUAAAAAGGA